AUUACCUUUUUUUCAUAGAAUGUUUCUAUGUAAUUGUUUAACAUUAUUUUAAUAUUUUGCGAACGACUCUAAUUAUACUAAUUACACUGAUCAGAUUUAUCUAAUUAGUUCAGGGUAAAAAAAUCACGUUUCAAAACUCGAAGCGAUAACUUACAUACAAAGUAUUAUUAAACAUAAUGUCCGGUCUCUUUAAAAAUCAGGGCUAGGUAAUUCUGGCCUAUUAAAUGCAUUUCCUGCUCACAAAUCUAUUUCAGUGUUGCUCUCGUAGAGCACACAUCGCGUUGGUAUAGUUAUAGUAACAACAUCGAACUUACAAUUAGUAGAAAAUUAUUUCAAGUGGAAAAACGUAAACAAUGAAUUCAUACGACGAGUUUUUCAAUAUUUUGCAGUUCAAUCCCUUAUCUGAUUCUUACUGGCCUUACCUGAUCAGUUUAUGUAUUGGAUUAAUUACUGUUAUAAGAAUGUACAUGGGUGGUCCUAUGUGUUUGAGCGAUGAUCAUAUUGAUGACAAGCUCGUAAUUAUCACGGGCGCAUCUAGUGGAAUGGGCAAAGAAAUCGCUUUAGAAUUAGCUCGCAGAGGUGGUCACAUUAUUUUGGCUGUUAGAGAUAUGGAAGCUGGAGAAAAAGUAGCACAACAAAUUCGAGAUGUUUCAGGAAGAGAUGUAGAAGUUAGAGCGAUCGAUCUUUCCUCAUUGAAGAGUGUACAAAAUUUUGUCGACCAGUUGGAUACGAGGAAAGUGGAUAUAUUAGUAAAUAAUGCCGGAAUUGUUUUCCAUCCAUUUGAAAAAACGACAGAAGGAUUUGAGAUGCAUUUUGUAACAAAUUAUCUGGGUCACUUCUUACUUACCCAUUUGCUAUUACCUAAAUUACAUGCAGCUGAACAAGGCAGGAUAAUAAAUCUUUCUUCACAAGCACAUACAAUUGGUACUAUGCAUUUGCAGGACUUGAAUUUGGAAGAAAACUUUACCGCAAGAGAAGCUUUUGGCCAAAGCAAAUUGGCAUUAAUUUUAAUGGCCAGACAUAUGAGCAGACUACUGAAAGAUACAGAUGUCACAAUUAACGCUGUAAAUCCUGGUAUUGUGAGAGGCACAAGGCACAUGCGAUAUUCACCGUUAAAUUCAGCAUUUUUAAUUAAGCUAAUAAUGCGACCAUGGAUGUGGUUAUUUUUGAAGAAUGCCGUUCAAGGUGCCCAAACUGCUGUCUAUGCAGCAGUGGCUAAAGAAUUAAGCAAGCAUUCCGGAAAAUAUUUCAGCGAUUGCGAAAUGCGAACACCGUCAGUUAACGCCGUCGACGAUGUAGUGGCCGAAAAAUUAUAUAGUAAAUCUCUUGCAUUAGUAAAAUCUUAUAUGCGCAAAUCUUAUAUUAAUCAUGAAGGAUGAUUAUGAGAUGUCUUAUUUCUUAUUUAUAUAUGUCUUAUUUAUAGAUGUCUUAUUUAUUAUAUAUUC